AAUCGGUCUCUGGACAUUCUUAAUUUGCUAAACUUGUCAACAAAUGCUCAGAAAUGCAAUUCUUCCUGCCCAAAGGGGAGGGAUGAUGGAGAAAUCAAUGUUUCUAGCAUGCCAGGCAGUGUCGCAACAAAUCAGCCAACAAUGUUUACCAAUGUGGAUACUACUGUAAAUUCUUGCAAAUUUGAAGAAGCAAGAGCACCUUUACGCUACCCGAUUGAAACAUCACCAAAGAAGGUUUUAGUAAGUGCACCUGAUCACCAGAAUACUGCUUUUAAUGGAGCACCAAGCCGUUGGAAGACAGUCACUGAUCAAUACUCAGAAUUAUCUGUUAUCGAUCUGCUUUGUGAUGAUGAGCUUAAUGCCACUGUGGAAAAGUGUCCCACCUGCGAAGCUCAUGUUUCUUUUUCACUUGAAGGUUUGGGUAAAGUGGGAACAGAGACGCCAGUUCAUUCGCCAGAACAACGGGCUAGAAUUCCAUACAGCUACUCUCCAUUGCCGAAGGAUGGAAAGAAAUCAAAUUUAAAGAACCUUAACCAUGUGCUGGAUGACAUUGAUCUUGAAGUGGUGAGGCAAAUACCGAAACCAUCUUUCUAUAUUUUAUUUUUGGAUUAA